UGUAUGUAUGUAUGGCUCUGCCCACCUUCCCCCUUCUUUUGGGGUAUAAACCUACUGGUGACAUCUCUAGAUUAAAGGGUAUAUAUAGUUGUGGUUUCCAAUUGUGCUUCAUUACAGCUGGAUUAUUUCACAAUUCCACCAAUAGUAAAUGAGUAGACCAUGGGGGAAAAUGUAGAGGGCUUGUAAGAUGAAAGAUUUAAGAGAAGGACAAUUCAGAGGAUAGCAGUGUGUUUUCUCAAGUUGGAGACAUGGUGAAAGCAAUUUCUAAUGGUAGUGCAUUCAGAAAAAGAAUGGCUUGUAGCUUAUACAUUUCAUGUAAGUUUCAGACAGUAUUCCAAAGAUUUACUAAAAAUGUGGUCACUUUUGUUAGGAAGUAGUAUGGUCAAUAAACAUUAACCCUUAAUGUACAUUAGGCCACUGAGGAAUAAACACUGUUCCUGCCUUCAAGACUCACAUUCUAGGAGGGUUGGCCAUAUAUAAGUAACUAGCCAUAUUAAGAGUAAAUAAUCUCAAAGGGAGAAAAUAUUGGGGUCACAGGAAAAGUCUCCUGCAAGAAGAUGAUAUUUGAGCUGAGUCUUGAAACCAGGAAAACUAAGAGGCAUAGACAAGCCAAUAAAAAACAUAGAGAGUGGAAAUGGAGUUUUGUAUGUGAGGAACUGCAAGGAAGCCAGUGUCACUGGAUCAUAAAAUCUGUGGGGAGUGAACCAAAGUGUAGGAAGAUUCGAAAGUUGGUGAGAGCACAGAUUAUAAAGAGCUUGAAAUACUAAAUAGGGUUCUUUAUAUUUGAUACUAGAAAUAAUGAACCACUGAAGUCUAUUGAGUAGAAAGAUUACAUGGUCAGACCAAAACUUUAGGGAAAAUUGCUUUGAAAGGUAGAAGGUGAUGAGAAUUUGACCUAGAAUAGCGCCAAUGUGAAUGAUGACGGUAGGAAGGAUAUAUAAAAGAGACAUGAAGGGUAAAAGUAACAUGAUUUAUUAGCAGAUUGGAUUUUGUAAGGUGAGAGAUUGUAUGAUGCCAAGGUCAUAGACCUGUGUGAUUGGGAGGAUAGUAUACCCUUGACAGUAAUAAGAAAGUUAUGAGUAGAGGAUUUGAAUUAAUGAAAAGGGAUUUAAGUAUCGACUUUGUGUUAAGCAUUGUGCUCAGGUCUGGGCAUACAAAGAAGGAAAGCAUAAACAUCUUAUAUUCUAAUGGGGGGGAUGAGACAAUAUCAAAAAAGAGGUGCAUUUUGAUUUCGAAAGGGAAAAGUGGCAGAGCUGAUAGUACCAUAGCUUACGAUUCCAAUUCCGUAACUAGGGAUAGAAAAAGAUAAAUUAGGCUCCAAUUUAAAGAUAAAAUUUUUAACAGAAAAAUUUGAUGAUCCAGAACUUUGUUUCUGUUUGGUCAGAAUUCAUUUAACUGCCUAAUAUGUGCUGGGUACUGUGCUAAGCCCUGGGAAUUCAAAAAGAGGCAAAAUAUAGUCCCUGUCCUUAAAGAACUCAAAAUAUAAUAGGGAAGACAGCAGGCAAACAAUCAGAUAUGUAGAAUAAAUAGGAAAUAAUUAAGGGGGGGCAUGGCACAGUUGUUAGCCAGGCCUGGAGAUGGGAAGUCUUGAGUUCAAAUUUGACCUCAGACACUUCCUAGCCGUGUGACCCUAGGCAAGUCAUUUAACCCUAACUGCUUAGCCCUUACUGCUUUUCUGCCAUGGAACUAAUACUCCGUAUUGGUUCUAAGAUAGAAGAUAAGGGUGUAAGAGAGGGAGAGGUAAGGACUCCAGAAUGGAGAAGGGUUUAGAGAAAGCUUCCUAUAGAAGAUAGGAUAUUAGUUGGAACUAAAAGGAAGUUGGGGGAGGCAGUUGACCAACUAAAAGAGCAUUAGUAACUUUAGAGAGUGCAUUUUUGAUGGAAUGUUGAGCUUAUAAGUAGGAAGUGGGACAUACCUUCUGGAACUCUUGAUUUUCUUGUUAAAUCUCCUUCCUGGAUCUGUUCGUUUUGGUCAUCUCACAUUUAUCUAUCAGCUUCAGAUAUCUGUCUCCCCUCCCUCUCUCAGGCUUUUCCCUUCUUCUUUUCCCCUUUUAAAGGGCUAAGAAGAGAGUGAAAGAAGAGAAAGUGGAGGUUUUGAUUAUAGACAGCUCUUUCAAGGAGUUUAGCCAUAAAGGGCAGAAGAAAUAUAGUGGGAACGGAAGGAUCAAGGGUGAAUUCGGUGAGAUACAGGCAUGUUUAUAGGUAAUAAGGAACCAAUUAACAGGAAAAGACUAAAAAUAAUUUGCAGGAUAGAGAUGGCAGAGGGACCAGUGUAAAAAAGUACCAGAAUGAUAAAUGAGGGGAAGCUAAUGGGCAGCAAAUAACUUCAAAAUUUUCUUAAAUAUAAGGCAAGGUUCCUUGGAAAGGGUGUGCCAUGGGACGUUUGAAGAGGGAUGAAAAAGGUUUGGAAGAGCCCUGUAGAGAUUUAUAUCAAACACCAUUUUCCAUAGGAGCCCUUUACCUGCUCAUGUCUUUCCCUCUAAGAUUACCUUUUAUCUACUCUGUCUUGUGUCCCUUUUAAACUGAAUUUCUUGAGCAAGGAGUGCUAAUGCUUUUACUUUACAUUCUUGGCAUUUAGCAUAGUGGCUGAUACAUGGCAACUGCUUGAUAAAUACUUGUUGAUUGAUAGAUUUAACUCAGUUUUAGAUGACAAUGAGAAUUAAGUGCAUAAUUUUCUCUUAUGAGUGGUUAAGGGAGCCCUGAGUAGGUCAUAGAAGUUGAUGCAGGUGUUCAAGGAGGAAUUAAAAAUUCCUGAAUUAUGAGAGUAAGGGAUUAUACUGGAGAGACACACACACACAUACACACUCUUUGUGCAUCAGUCUUACAGAAGAAUAGAGACUGUUAGGGGUCUCUAAGGAUCUGGAGCAGGUAAUAUUUAGGUAGAAGGAGUGGAUUUUAAAGGAAGAAUACAGUAACUUGAUGGAAAGAAUAAAAAGAUCCAAGAUAAAUGGGUUUAACAAGAAAUCAAGAGUUCCUAAGGUUAACAUUUCACACCUGUCAAUUGACCCAUAUGGUGGUAAAGGAAAGUGAUUAAUGUUGAAAGGAACAUGGCAAAAUUGGGACAUUUGUGCAUUGUUGGUGGAGAUCAGAGUAAACUGAUCCAGCCAUUCUGGAGGACAAUUUGGAACUAGGCCCAAAGAGCUAUAAAACUGUGCAUACCUGUUGAUCCUAUAAUACUACUACUGAGUCUGUAUCCCAAAGAGGUAGUAAAAAAUGGGGAAGGACCUACUUGUACAAAAAUAGUUAUAGCAGGCCUUUUUGAGGUAGAAAAGAAUUAGAAAUUAAAGGGGUGCCCAUCAAUUGAGGAAUGGCUGGACAAACUGUGGUUUAAGAGGGUGAUGGAAUACUAUUGUACUGUAAGAAAUGAUGAACAAGAUGAUUUCAGAAAGAGCUGAAAAGACCUACAUGAAUUGAUGUAGAGUGAAAUAACCAGAACCUGGAGAACAUUAUACAUAAUAACAGCAAUAAUGUGGGACUCAUCGGUUGUGGAAAGACUUAGUUAAUCUCAUUCAGGACAGUUCUGAGGGACUGAUAGCAAAGAAUGCUAUCCACUGCCAAAGAAAGAAGUUGUUGGGAGUCAAUGCAGAUCAAAGCAUGAUAUUUUUUAAAUUUGGGUUUUAUAUGAUUAUUCUUUUAUAAAAGCAAACAACAUGAAAUAUGUUUUGCAUGACAACCUGUGUGUAACCCAGAAAAAAGAUAAGAUAAAGUUCUUUGUUUUAUCUAUCAAAAGAAAGGGGAAAACUAAGAAUUCCAUAGAAUGGAAAGGGAAGUCAGAGGAUGUAACUUUUUGAUUAAGGAUAAGAAUGAGAAGAAAGGUUGGGAUGGGGUUACUAAAUUAAAGGAUAACACUUUUCACCUUAGCAUAUGUUGAUUCUGAAUCAUAAGGAUAAGAGGAUAUCAAGUUGGGGAUUGGCCUGCCUUAGCAUACUGGAAGAAAACGUAUGUAAUCAGUGCCCUUGCCAGGGUACAGUGAUCAUUAAGCAUCAACUUAGAGUAUUGGUGUUUAAGAAUUCUGUCAAGGCAUCUGGAUCUGUAAACACUGGUUUUCCAAUGCUUCUGAGACUCAUGUUUGAAGUUAGGACAGCAGCCUUGUUCCAAGCUCAUACCCAGCUAUCCUUAUUUUUAUAUCUAAAGGAAUUAAACCCAGAGAGGUUCCUGGCUAGGAAAGCCAGGAUUUUUACCCAAGUCUUCUGACUCCAAAUCUAGUGUAAUGUUUGUUUUUACGACUCAUUCUAACCAAAAGAAUCACCCCCUCUCUAACAUCCUUGUCAAAUGGUCAUCUAGUUGUAAUACCUUCAAUGACUGCACUUAAUGUCUUUGUUAUUGUUGUUCUGUUACUGUUGUUCAGUUUUGUCCAUCUCUUUGUGACCUAAUGGAGCAUAGUAUGCCAAUCCUUCUAUCCUUCAUUAUUUCUUUUAGUCUGUCCAAGUUCAUGUUUGUUGUUUCCAUGACACUAAUUCUGUUUCUUUUCCCUCUGUUUGCCAGGAAGUGACAGGAUCUACUUUGGAUAAUUCUCAUUGUUGGAAUGUCCUCAUCGAAUCAUAAAUAUUUUUCUUCAACUUUCCUACCCCAUUGGUUCUAGUUUUCCCCUUUGAGGUCAAGCAAAUGGCAAUAUCUAGAGCAGUGUUAUGUACAACAAUUUGCUUUCCUAUUGGUAGAAAACACCUACUUUGUGACGAAGUCUUUGAUUCUACACAAAGGGCUAUUAUUGAUAGAUAAUUUGUCUGGGAUUUCUGGAUCAGAUGAUCCAUAACAUGGUGGCAGUGCUGGAAGUUAUCUCCAGCUUGGAGAAAUAUCCCAUUACCAAAGAGGCACUUGAGGAAACAAGGCUAGGAAAACUCAUCAAUGAUGUAAGAAAGAAGACGAAAAAUGAAGAACUUGCCAAACGUGCCAAGAAAUUGUUGCGGAGUUGGCAAAAGUUAAUUGAACCCGUGACCCAGAAUGAACCAGUGCCAAGGGGAUUGCCGAACCCACCUGGGUCAGCAAAUGGCGGCGCUCACAAUUGUAGGCCAGAUGUGUCACCUGCUACAGUUCCUGGGUCCAAACCUAUUCAUGAGCUGAAAAAUAGAAAUGAUAUUCAAAAGCUGAACUCCCCGAAAACAGAAAAACUGGGAAAUAGAAAAAGAAAAGGAGAACACCGUGAUGGACAUCAAGGCCCUCCUUCCAAAGUUUCCAAAGCUAGCCACGAACUGUUACAAAAUUCUUCUCCCCUUCCAACUAAUGGGAUUGGGGGAAGUCCUGAAAAUUUCCCCAGCCCUCUUGAUGUCAGUCUUCAUACAGGGCCUGAAAGCAGCAGGACAGAACACAGUGAGAAUGAUAAACACAGUAAGAUACCAGUCAAUGCCGUCAAACCUCACACGAGUUCUCCCGGACUUGUAAAGCCUUCCAGCACUUCCUCACAACUAAAGACUACAGUGCUUCAGCACCAUGAAAAGCCGGAAGAACCUGUAGGGCAGCACCAACCUAAGAGUCCCCGCUGUUCGUUUAGUCCUAGCAACCUAAGGCAUGAGCCAUUUGUCCGGCAGCAUCCUACAUAUGCACCAAAGGGUUCUCUGCCUAGUCCAUCUCAAAGGUCCCAUUUCUUAGAUGCUACCCAGGCUUCAUCACCCUCUUCACGAGCACCAUCACUGAUGCAGCCCUCAACACCUCCGGUACCCACAAAAAGACCUGAGGCUUCCCAUCAGCCUGGAGUAGAGGCUUCUCAGCACUGGCAGGAACACACGUCUUCUGAAAGUCAUCAGCGGCAUCUUGGGACCCUCCAGCACAUGUCUCCUGGCUGCAAAGUGAGCUCGCCACCUGGGGAGCCCCUGAUGCCACGGGUGGGGUUUUCUCCAGAGGCUUCCAAGAUGGACAGUGAUGACAAUGCUGCUUCUGGGUCUGACAGUAAGAAGAAGAAGAGGUACAGAUCUAGAGACUACACAGUGAACUUAGACGGACAGGUUCUAGAAGGAGGCGUCAAGCCUGUCAGGUUAAAAGAGAGAAAAAUCACCUUUGAUCCCAUGACUGGACAAAUUAAACCUCUAACACAAAAGGAUUCUUUGCAGGUAGAUAUCCCUGCCCUUGCUGAACAGCACAGGACAGAACCGGACAAGCCGGAACAAAAAACCAACCUGCAGAGUCCUUUUGAACAAACGAACUGGAAAGAGUUGUCCAGAAAUGAAAUAAUUCAGUCCUAUUUAAACAGACAAAGUAGUUUGCUUUCCUCAUCAGGCGUACAAACACCAGGAGCUCAUUAUUUCAUGUCUGAAUAUUUAAAGCAGGAAGAAAGCACUAGAAGAGAAGCUAGAAAGACUCAUGUUCUGGUGCCAAACAGUAUAUCCACAGACCUGCCUGGAGUUAGUAGAGAGAUCACAAAUGAUGAUCUCAACAGAAUAAGGCAACUCCAUUGGCCAGGGGUGAAUGGUUGUUAUGAUACACAGGGUAAUUGGUAUGAUUGGACGCAGUGCAUAUCUUUAGAUCCACACGGUGAUGAUGGUAGAUUGAACAUCCUGCCUUAUGUCUGCCUAGACUGAAUAUAAGGUUGCUAAAAUGCUUUCACAUCUGCAAUUAGCAAACACAGCAGGGCAGACUCCAUGCUGUUUAACAUGGAGAGUGCACCUCUUGUCCUGGAAAACAGGCCUGGAUGAGGGUCUUGAGGGGCUGAUCCUUUGUAGCUCUUCUGUCUAAGUUCUUCUUUUGUGAAAUGCUGCUACCAGUUUACUAACAAAAAUAGCAAAGGAAGGGCGUACGAAGGACAAAGAAUUGAGUUCAAAACUCUAUAGCAAACCAGCUAUAAAAAGUGUUAGUCCCCAAAAGGUUCAAAUGAUUUCCAGCACAUGUGAAUGCCGGAAUCUUAUCUACAGGCAGGUACAGAAUACUUGUGGAAGAGUUACCUUAAAAGUACGCAUCUAUUUAUUUGCAUUGAUUUUUUUUUUUAAUUUGGCAGUGAGAUGUCUGUGAGACAGUGUGCAACAGCUGUAGUUUUAUUUGUAUUUGCAUCAUCUCUCUGUUGAACGAUUAGGUUAUUUUAAGUCACAUGGUGCAGAGAUUUUUUUCAAACUGCAGCCAUGCACUACUGCAGUUACCCAGUUUCCAACUCUACAUUCCGUAGGCAUCCACAUAUUUUAGUCUGGUUUCGGUUUAAAUCCAGUCUCCAAGAAAUGCUGCAAAAAUUUAGUUUUUUAAAGCCCCCUCCCUUACCCUUGCCCAGUAGCCAAAUAAUUUUUGUCCUUUUUCCCUUCCUGCAAAUUUCUAGAAAACUUAAGAUUUUCUAGAUUCCAAAAAUGUAACUGCGGGUGCUACUAGUGUGUAACUGUCCUGUGAGGGAAGAGGGAGCCUGUUUUGUAUGCUGGAAAUAUACUUGUUACCAUUCCUUUAGAUAUUGUUUGCCUUACGGAUAUUCAUCAUAAACGCGAUUUGCAAAAACAAAGAGCCUUAGUGAAUGUACAGUGACUAGACUUCUGUGUUCUCCAGAUGCAGAAGGGAGCAACUUUGCUAUUUGGUCCUUUAAGUGGACACAUUGUGAUAUAAAUGUGGAAAUAAAAAAAAUUUGCACAAAAAA